UUCGCUACUCUAUAGUGUGGGUACUGUUUAGUGUUUUCACCAUCUAAAAUUUGUACAACAUUUCUGGACAUACUGCUUGUUUCUUUCUUUAGUCUUUCUACUACAUGCUGCAAAUUGGUGUAUAAAUUAAGUGAACAAUUUGACUGUAACACUCCGAUUUCGUAAACUAUUUACAAAUGGCCCUUAAUAACAAUAAAUUUGAUGCGUUGAACAACAGCGAAGACAGUGAUGACGACGAAACUUCAUUCAGUGAAGAAAGAAAGAAAAAGGAUUUAAUUUUGGUUAAUUUUUUUCAGCAACCCAUUCAAGUUCCUCGAGAAGAACAUCCACUCCAAUACACAUACUGUUUGUGGUUUAGUCGGAGAGCUCCUGGAAAACAUGCAGCACCCCAAAGCUUUGAUCAGAAUCUAAGAAUGGUUGGACGUUUUGCUUCUGUAGAACAGUUUUGGUCAUACUAUUGCCAUCUGGUCAGGCCUUGUGAACUCUCUGGUCACAGUGACUUUCAUUUAUUUAAAGAUGGAAUCAAACCAAUGUGGGAGGAUGAUGCCAAUCGUUGUGGUGGUAAAUGGAUUGUGCGUCUUCGAAAAGGUUUAGCCUCACGUUGUUGGGAGAACUUAAUAUUAGCUAUGUUAGGCGAACAAUUUAUGGUAGGCGACGAAAUAUGUGGAGCUGUCGUCUCAAUUCGAUUUGCUGAGGAUAUUAUUUCGGUAUGGAAUCGAAUUGCAAGUGAUCAGGCUACUACCAACCGAAUUCGAGAUACACUUCGUCGAGUCUUAAACCUUCCACCGAACACAAUACUUGAAUACAAAAACCACACGGAUUCUCUAAAGGACAAUUCCAGUUUUCGGAAUACCGAUGUCUUUGUCCGAUAAAGACACAAUAUUUUACAUCUCAAGCGGAAUAUAAAUAAGUUGAAAGUUGA